GCGGAACGUGCUGCUGAGGGCUGAUUUGACUUUCAGAUUCUUUUCUCUGACACUGUUUUGUGGAACAAUUGUUUCGCCUUCCCAUUUCAGUCUGCACUGAAAGCAGGAGAGAGCAGAAAGUGGCAGAGAGAGUGGGACAAAAUGCAUGUUCAUUUUACAGUUAAUUGAGAGCUGCCUGCAAUUGUAAUGUGCAGAUGUCGAAAUCUGUACAAAGAGUUGAGGGACUCUAAAACAAGCCGGUUUGUGCUGUAGCCGAGUUGGUGCGUGUUCUGGAAACGAGAUGUCAUAGCAGCAGAGACGCAGCUCGGAACUGGCAUUUGCAAGGAAGCUGAAAAGAAGAAAUGCUUUAUACUGAACUGCUGCUGGUGUUUGCUGAUCUAGCUUUUUCAUGCUAAAGGUUAUCGGUAUCUGCAAGUCCACGAGGAAAAUAUUAGCAGUUUCAGUAAUGAGCCUGAAGGGAAUUUUGCUGAAUACCGAAGACUGUGGGAAAUGAAUGAGAUGCAGAAGGUUUGGGGAACUUGAUGUCAUGACGGCAUACUGGACUGUUCUAAAGAUGCACUGCAGGUACUGAUGGGAAGGGGUCCAAUAUGAGUGUGAAUGAUGCUGGAGGAAGACGACGCUUUGAGGACAGUGAGUUCACAUUACACAUAUACCCUGGGAACAUUGCUGAAGGGACUAUCUAUUGCCCCAUUACUGCCAGAAAAACUUCAACAGCUGCUGAGGUGAUAGACUCUCUCAUUAAUAAACUCCAGCUAGACAAAACAAAAUGUUAUGUCCUAGCAGAGGUGAAGGAGUUUGGUGGGGAGGAAUGGAUUCUCAACCCUACGGACUGCCCAGUCCAGCGCAUGAUGUUGUGGCCCCGCAUGGCACUUGAGAACCGACUGAGCGGGGAGGAUUAUCGCUUCCUUCUGCGAGAGAAGAAUCUAGAUGGGUCAAUUCAUUAUGGCAGCCUCCAGUCCUGGUUACGGGUGACGGAAGAGCGUCGCAGGAUGGUGGAACGUGGAUUCCUUCCUCAACCACCGCAGAAGGACUAUGAUGACCUUUGUAGUUUACCAGACUUAAAUGAGAAAACGCUCUUGGAAAAUCUUCGAAACCGCUUUAAGCAGGAAAAAAUUUAUACUUAUGUAGGUAGUAUCCUAAUAGUUAUCAAUCCAUUCAAGUUUCUCCCUAUUUACAAUCCGAAGUAUGUCAAAAUGUACGAUAACCAUCAGCUUGGAAAGCUGGAGCCCCAUAUUUAUGCUGUGGCUGAUGUGGCCUACCAUGCAAUGCUUCAGCGCAGGAAGAACCAAUGCAUUGUCAUUUCAGGAGAAAGUGGGUCAGGGAAAACACAGAGCACAAACUUUCUGAUUCAUCACCUCACUGCUCUCAGCCAGAAGGGAUUUGCUAGCGGAGUAGAACAGAUUAUUCUUGGAGCUGGACCAGUGCUUGAGGCAUUUGGAAAUGCAAAGACAGCACAUAACAACAACUCAAGUCGCUUUGGCAAAUUCAUUCAAGUGAAUUACCAGGAGACAGGCACAGUGCGGGGAGCUUAUGUUGAAAAGUAUCUGCUGGAGAAAUCCAGGCUAGUUUAUCAGGAACACAAUGAGCGGAACUACCAUGUGUUUUAUUACCUCCUGGCAGGAGCGCGUGAGGAAGAAAGAUCUGCAUUCCACCUUAAACAACCUGAGGAGUAUCAUUACCUCAAUCAGAUGACAAAGAAACCUCUCAGACAGAGCUGGGAUGAUUAUUACUAUGACUCUGAGCCGGAUUGCUUCUCUGUUGAAGGGGAAGAUUUGAAGCAUGACUUUGAGCGCUUACAGCUGGCCAUGGAGAUGGUGGGGUUUCUUCCCAAGACUCGCAGGCAAAUUUUCUCUCUCUUAUCUGCAAUCCUACACCUGGGUAAUAUCUGUUACAAGAAGAAAACAUAUCGGGAUGAUUCAAUAGACAUUUGUAAUCCUGAAGUUCUACCAGUUGUCUCAGAGCUACUAGAGGUGAAAGAAGAGAUGCUGUUUGAAGCGCUGGUUACCAGAAAGACGGUGACAGUGGGAGAGAAGCUCAUUUUACCAUACAAACUAGCAGAGGCUGUGACAGUACGAAAUUCCAUGGCUAAAUCAUUAUACAGUGCUCUGUUUGAUUGGAUAGUUUUUCGAAUUAAUCACGCGCUUUUGAAUGCAAAGGAUGUGGAAGAAAGCACCAAGACAUUGUCCAUCGGGGUACUUGAUAUCUUUGGAUUUGAAGAUUAUGAAAAUAACAGCUUUGAACAAUUCUGCAUUAACUUUGCUAAUGAACGCUUACAGCACUAUUUUAACCAGCACAUCUUUAAACUAGAGCAGGAGGAAUAUAGAGCUGAAGGCAUCAGCUGGCACAACAUAGACUAUAUAGAUAACUCUGGCUGCAUAAACCUCAUCAGCAAGAAACCAACAGGCCUGCUCCACCUGCUGGACGAGGAAAGCAAUUUUCCACAAGCCACAAACCAGACGCUACUGGACAAGUUUAAACGUCAGCACGAGGGGAACUCUUACAUUGAAUUUCCAGCUGUGAUGGAGCCUGCUUUUAUCAUAAAGCACUAUGCUGGAAAAGUAAAAUAUGGCGUGAAGGAUUUCCGGGAGAAAAAUACAGAUCAUAUGCGUCCAGACAUCGUAGCCCUACUGAGAAGCAGCAAGAAUGCCUUCAUCUGUGGGAUGAUAGGGAUUGAUCCAGUGGCUGUAUUCCGCUGGGCAGUCCUCAGAGCUUUUUUCAGGGCUAUGGUCGCUUUUCGAGAAGCUGGAAAACGAUAUAUUGAGAAGAAAACUGGGCAUGAUGAUGCAGUGCCAUGUGCGGUUUUGAAAAGUGUGGAUAGUUUUAGCUUUCUCCAUCACCCAGUCCAUCAGAGGAGCUUAGAGAUCCUGCAGAGAUGCAAGGAGGAGAAGUACAGUAUUACCAGGAAAAGCCCAAGGACACCUCUUUCAGAUCUUCAGGGAGUCAAUACUAUUAAUGAAAGGACUCACCGCGAUGCCUAUGGAGUUGGCUGGAAUGCCAGGAUGGCAAUCCGACAGGGCAGACUCUCCAGUCCUAGUUCCUUCCUAGACAAAGAUGGGAUAUUUGUUAAUUCAACCAACAGCAAGCUAUUGGAGAGGGCCCAUGGGAUUCUCAUGCGAAACAAGAACUUCAAAGCUAAACUCAGUCUUCCAAAGCACUUGUUGGAUGUGAAAUCUCUGAAGCACCUAACCAACCUGACCCUGCAUGAUCGCAUUACAAAGUCUCUUCUCCAUCUCCAUAAGAAGAAGAAACCCCCCAGCAUCAGUGCACAGUUUCAGGCAUCACUUAACAAGUUGAUGGAGACACUUGGUCAAGCAGAGCCUUAUUUUGUCAAGUGCAUUCGAUCUAAUGCUGAAAAGCUGCCUCUGAGAUUCAAUGACAACCUGGUGCUUAGGCAGCUGAGAUACACAGGAAUGCUGGAAACAGUUCGUAUUCGGCAGUCAGGCUACAGCUGCAAAUAUUCCUUCCAGGACUUUGUGGAUCAUUUUCAUGUUCUUCUACCACAAGGAGUCAGCCCAUCUAAGCGCAACAUCCUUGACUUCUUCAGGAAAAUAAAGCUCAACUCAGACAAUUACCAAGUUGGGAGAACAAUGGUUUUUAUGAAGGAACAGGAGCGACAGGUUUUACAAGGCCUGCUGCAUGAGGAGGUGCUCCGGAGAAUUACUCUCCUUCAGCGCUGGUUCCGCACAAUGCUGUACAGGAGGCAGUUCUUGAACCUGAGACAAGCAGCAGUGAUCAUACAAAGAUGUUGGCGUAGCUAUCAGAAUAGAAAGCAAGCCAAAGCUUCCCUGGUUGACCCCCUUGUUCUCAGCAAUGCAGCAGUCAUUCUCCAGUCCUACUGGCGAGCUUAUUUGGAGAGGCGAAAAUUCUUGCAGAUGCGGGUUGCAGCUUUCAUCAUUCAGAACUGCUGGCGGGAGCACUGUAGGCGCAAGCAUGCUGCAGCCAUGUGCAUUCAGGCCGGAUGGCGAGGAUACUGUGCAAAGAGACUCUACAAGGCCAAGAAAAAACAAAUCAUCCUGCUGCAGGCUGCGUGUAGGGGAUACAUAGUACGACAAAGGUUUAGAGCUUUAAAAGAGCAGAGAUUAAAAGAGACACAGCUGGAGAAUGGAUUAUCAGUUACAGAAGAGGAUGGACUGGAAGUGGACGGUGCUUUGAAAAUUAAGGGCUCAGACCCAUCUAAAUGGGAGGAUGGCUCAUUUGAAGAGCGAGUGAGAGCCAUAGAGGAGCAUAAAUCGCUGAUAGAAAAUAACCGGGUGAAUCAUACAGAUCCAUUGGAUGGCCCUGAGAAUUUAUUGCACAAAAGGCAUGAGAGGGCUAGCAGCCAAGAUGGUGUGGACAUUGAAGAGGAAAUAGCUGUAAGAGAGAGACCCAAAUCCCUGGAGGAUCUCAACCAAAAAAAAGUGGUCCGGGCAAAAAGAGAAAGCCGAAGAAUGCGUGAACUGGAACAGGCAAAAUUUAGCUUGGAGUUGUUGAAAGUUCGUUCUAUUGGAGGAAUGUCUCCCUCCGAGGAGCAUCGGUGGUCCAUGGAGCUUGUAUCUGAGCACCCUCAUUCUUCUCAAGGAACCCCAGAGAGUGAAAGCUCUCAGGGGAGCUUAGAGAUGUUAAGCUGUGAGGACACUCAGAGUAAACUUGAUUCCCUAGUUUUAGGUGAGCAAAAUGUGCAAUCAGUCUCCACGGAGACCCAGGACUCUUUACUUGGCAGUCCUAAGCAUGAUUUGCAGGACAAAUCUUUCUAUGCAGCAGAUGUAAACAGCAAUUUAUCAAAUAGAAAAAGGACGCCUUCGAGCUCCGAAGUAACAGAGAGCCAUGUUUCUACAGAGCGCGUGGUCUGUGAUCCCCAGAACAUUUUCUAUAAGAUGCAUCCAAGAGAGUCCUUUAUUUCUAGUAAUCUGCCUACCUUCUACAUGCCACCACAGGACAACCUGAAAAUAAAUCAGUCACUGAUGGAGAAUAAUCUGAGGAACAAACUAAUGGAGAAGGAAGAAAGAUUGGUCAUAUUUCCUGGGGUCAGGAAGGACACUGAGCCAGACAAGGGCACGGCAUUGAAUUCAGAGAGUGGAGUGAAGCCUCCUGUCAAAACAGAGGAAAGCGUAGCUUCACUUGCACCCGAGGCACAUUCGGCAGACUCUGUUAUCAAAAGGCUGGAAAAGCUGAACGUGGAGAAGGAGGAGCGACAAAAGCAGCUGCAGCUCCAGAGGGAGAAAGAGAUGAUGGAGCAGAUCCGGCAGCAGAAGGAAAUUCUGGAGAAAGAACGCAAAGCUUUCCAGCAACUUGAGCGACAAGGGAAGGGGGAGACCUUGCAAAGGACUGAGCCAAACAGGGUCAAGGAGUCCUCUCUCAGGCUACUGAAAAAAACAGCAGAUACCAGGCCUCAGUCUCUCUUCAUCCUGAACCCCCAGAACAAGGUGGAACACUGCCUGGCCCCAACCACAACACCCACUUCAUCAGUAGACAUUAAAGGGCUCACUGUUGCAAAGAAAGGGAGCUCCCCUGCCCAUAGUGCCCAAAAAGACAGGCCUGUCAGCAUGUUCAUGGAGCGAAAAGAAGGUCAACCAGGAACGACCCAAGAAUCGGCUGGAACAGAUAAAUGGCAUUCGAAACUGGCUGUGGAAUCGAGGGACCUCCCAAGCAGCCAACUUGGAAGGACAGAGCGCCUCAGGCAGCCCCGAAUCCCAAAUCAGAGUGUUGAUGGCUCUUCUAGCGAGACAAGGGCAAGUGCUAUUUUCUUCACACCGAAAGACAGCCAUUUUAGUCUUCAUUUCAACAAGGAGUCUUCAAAUCAAUGCCUUUCAAAAGAUGAACUACCUAGGAAGCCACUAAAUGUUCCUGGGCCAGGCCGAGGGGAGCAGGUUGCCCGACCGGCCCAUAAAAAGAAAGCCCGCAUGGCGCGGACGCGCUCCGAUUUCUUGACUAGAGGUACUUUUGCAGAUGGGGAGGGGGAUACGGAGGAAGAUGAUUACGAUGACAAUUUUGAGUUCCUUCUCUCCUCUGACCAACCUACUCACCCUGAGCCAGGGCCUACAGCCAGACUUGGGCAGGCCUGUCACAGUGACUCCGAAAUGAUAUCACAGCGAUUUGCAUCGGGCGAAGGCCAAACCAGACUUCAUAAAACAAUGUCUCAGGGAGAGAUUGGGAAGCUGGCCACUGUUCAGAAGAAUCUAGCUCCAGAUGGCAGGCCUCAACGAGCCAAGAUGAAAUUCUGGACAAAAGGAAAACAGGGAGAGAAAAAAACUCCCAGAGAGAAGCUGGCUACCCAGUCCGAGCUGCUUGAGCUGUACGCAGAGCAGGAGGCAUCAGGCAGAGAGAUGAUUCCUGGACUACAGCUUGGAGAAGACCUGGGCCCACAUCAUCUGACACCCCCACGGAGCCCAGAGCUGUCAGGCAUCUACAGAAGGGAAUUCAAGGAGAACAAAGAACCAUCUCCCAAAGUGAAGCGCAAGCGCAGUGUGAAGAUCAGCAACGUGGCCCUGGAGCCAGUGCAGUGGCAGAAUGAUUCUCUUCAGAUCAUAACCAGUGCCAGUGACUUGAAAAGCAUGGAUGAGUUUCUCCUGAAAAAGAUGAAUGAUUUGGAUAAUGAGGACAGCAAAAAGGACACCCUUGUAGAUGUUGUGUUUAAGAAAGCAUUGAAAGAAUUCAGGCAAAAUAUCUUCAGCUUUUACUCAUCGGCUUUGGCGAUGGACGACGGGAAAAGCAUCCGGUAUAAAGACCUGUAUGCCUUGUUCGAGCAAAUUCUGGAAAAGACCAUGAGGCUUGAACAGAGGGACUGGAGUGAAUCGCCUGUCAAAGUCUGGGUCAAUACCUUUAAAGUAUUUCUGGAUGAAUAUAUGAUAGAAUACAAGCCUCUGGAUUAUGCUGCUGUGAAGCCCUUACAGGUGCCAAAAACGGAGAGAAAAAAGAGAAGGAAAAAAGAAGCAGAUGUGGUAGAAGAACAUAAUGGUCACAUCUUUAAGGCAACCCAGUACAGCAUUCCCACUUACUGCGAGUACUGCUCCUCCUUGAUCUGGAUAAUGGACAGAGCUUCUGUUUGUAAAUUAUGUAAGUAUGCUUGUCACAAGAAGUGCUGUCUUAAAACUACAACCAAGUGCUCCAAAAAGUACGAUCCAGAACUUUCCUCGCGACAAUUUGGGGUUGAGCUCUCCCGGCUGACCAGUGAAGAGCGAGCGGUGCCAGUAGUGGUAGAGAAGCUCAUCAACUACAUUGAAAUGCAUGGGCUGUACACCGAAGGCAUUUAUCGGAAGUCUGGCUCCACCAAUAAAAUCAAGGAGCUCCGCCAAGGGCUUGACACAGAUAUUGACAACGUGAAUCUAGAUGACUACAACAUUCACGUCAUUGCCAGCGUGUUCAAACAGUGGCUGAGAGAUUUGCCUAAUCCUCUCAUGACCUUCGAACUCUAUGAGGAAUUCCUGCGAGCUAUGGGCCUGCAGGAGAGGAAGGAAACCAUCCGAGGUGUGUACUCUGUCAUCGAUCAGCUCUCUCGGACCCACCUCAACACCCUGGAACGCCUCGUCUUUCACCUUGUGAGAAUUGCCCUGCAGGAAGAUACUAAUCGGAUGUCAGCGAAUGCUCUGGCCAUUGUAUUUGCUCCCUGUAUUCUCCGCUGUCCUGAUACCACUGACCCACUGCAGAGCGUUCAGGACAUCAGUAAAACAACCACCUGUGUGGAAUUAAUUGUCGUAGAGCAAAUGAAUAAAUACAGAGCCCGCCUCAAGGACAUCAACAGCCUGGAGUUUGCUGAGAACAAAGCAAAGAGCAGGCUGUCUUUGAUCCGGAGAUCGAUGGGUAAAGGUCGCAUAAGACGUGGAACCUACACAAGCCCGACCUCUCCUGUUGCAGUACGAUUGCCCUCAGUGUCAGAUGUCCCAGAGGAGACUGUGAGCAGUGAGGAGGCUAUGGAGAUGGACGUCACAGAGCAGCAGCAGGCAGCCAUGCAGCAGGAGGAGAGGGUGCUGACCGAACAGAUUGAAAGCUUGCAGAAGGAAAAGGAGGAGCUGACUUUUGAGAUGCUUGCGCUGGAGCCCCGAGCCUCUGACGAUGAAACCCUGGAGUCUGAAGCUUCCAUUGGCACUGCCGAUAGCUCUGAAAAUUUGAACUUUGACUCUGAAGGAGCAAUCUCUGACCGAUCAGAGAGAAGUUUAGCACUUAGUUCGCUGAGGCCCGUCAAGACUGAAACCUCAAGCAGGUUGCGAAGGCACCUGAGGAAGCAGCAAGACUCUGUGGACUCAGUAGACUCUUCUGUUUCUUCUUCGUCUCCAACUUCUUCUUGCUUACCUCACAUGACCAGGAAGCGAUUCCAAAUGUACUCCAAGCCACCCUUCUAUCGUGCAGGGUCUUCUGGUGACACCACAGAGACGAGGCUUGGACUUGAAGGGUCACCAGGGCAGCUCAGGGGUCUGGAAGACAGGCCCCAGUUCACCAGCAGAGGGACGUUCAACCCCGAGAAAGGCAAGCAGAAACUGAAGAAUGUGAAAAACUCACCCCAAAAAACCAAAGAGCUCCCUGAGGGAGCAGCUGGGGCAGGCCGGAAAAGAAACGCUGAAGCAGACUGCAGCAGCACCCAGCAAUUGGUUCUUUUUGGGAACAACGAGUUCAUGGUGUGAGCCAGUUGUCUGAAAUCUCACCAUCAUCGCAGAAAAGCGUGAGCAUCUCACCUAUGGCAUCUUCCCCCUCACCGUCACCGCUGCCACCACCGUUGUAGACUUGCUGCCAGUUGCCCAUGCAAAACAUUUGCUCACUAAUUGCUUGGGCUUCCAGCCUUUCAUUGCCAGCGCUAAAGGGAGGAGAUGACUAACUCUUAACAAAAAAGUCUGUUGGGGGACAGUUUCAGCAGUGGCCUUAGCUGUUUUUAAUCAUUUGGAAUUCAAAAACUAUCAGUUUUUUGGGUGUUUUUUUUUUUGACUGGUGACUUGAAACGAAAGAAGAGGAACUGGGGGAAGAAUUGCUGGUGAGUUCUGGUUUGCUUCCCACCUGCCUUUGCCAUUCUGAACCGAGGAAACGGGCAUCGGGAAGAGAAGCUGCCGUAAGCCACCCACAGGAUAUCAGAGUUGGAAGAGUUGGUCCGGGCCUGUUUUGACUCACUUGGUGAAAGUUGCAGACUUUUUGGUUUGUGUUGUUGCGCUGGGAAGAAGCAUACACUCCUCACAAGGAACCACAGACUGAUUCUUUGUUCAGAGCUAUUUAUAAUGCACUCCACGUUGUUGUCAGGUGAUAAUAAUAAAAAGCUAUCAUUUCCAUUCAAGCAAUUGGAGCAUGUCUCAAAGCACCCACCACGUAAACCUGCAAUGAAAAGAGUAAUUUUUUAUUUUAUUUUUUACUUUGGUUUGUUUUGUUGGUGAUGAGAGAGCAGAACAAAAUCAAUGCCAAUUUGACUCCUGGUUAGGUAAAGCCAAAAAUGUUGUGCUGAAUUUUGCAUAGCCAUAACUAGUCCUGUUGUGAUUGAGGCACAGAACAGGGUUUCUAAUGAGCAAAAGGAAUCGUUGGUAAUACACAUCUGGCAUGUUACAGCAGCCUCACAGUCCCUUAGGGCUGCCUGCUUUUAUACACCAAACGAGUGAACAAUGGCACCUGAGCUUAACAGUUCCACCAAUGGACAGGGACGUCUGUCACGUGGCAAAACUCGCGCGGCCAAAACCUCACUGUUUUAAUGGCAUUGUAAAAGCAAGUGCAUGGAGAAGUGUUAAGGAUAUCUGCCAAAAGUAAUCUUUUUUUAAAAAAAUGUGAUCUAACCAACUUUCUUCUCUAUUUCUCAGACCAUCAGUAUUAAAAAAGAAAGGAAAAAAAAUCAAGGACUACUUGAAGCUAUUUUUGUUUAUAUUAUGGUUACUGAAGUUCACUGUAAAUAUAAUUUUUAUAGUUUUUUGGGUUUUUUUUAAAUAUUUUUCCCCAGGUAGAAUGUAUUUGCCAGGAGAAGGACAGAAGGAGGGGCGGUACCGUAGACCUAGAACCUAGCACUCUAGCUGAGAAAGCAAAGCAGCCAUUUUUUUGCCACAUUGUGUCAUCAAGCUCCUGUGCAUUGGUCUUCAAGCAUCUGAGAGAUUAGCAGCCUUAGAGCACACGGGGACCUGAGUGUCUUCAUCUCUCACUGCAAACCUGACACCUGCCAUCCAGGCAAGCAUGAGAGAAAUGUUUGUUUUAAAUAGGUCCUGUUAGAUCUCCCACAGUAAGAGGCACAGUGUCUUUCUGUGGAGACUGUAGUAAAAAAUAAUCCAUUGGUGUUAGGCGGGUCACUCAUUGCAUCGUCCCGUGAGUUGCCCCCAGCACAGUUGUUGCUAUUAAAUCUUGCAAAAAUCUGAGUUGUGAGGCUUAGAGGCACUGUCCGUAAUACAACUAGUUACUGAGUCCUGUUCACUGACUCAUAACUUAAAAGUAGAUGUCCUAGCCUGUCGGCACACAUUCUAGUCUGUGUCCUUAGGCACACAGAUGCAGCCUGGGAGGCCCAGAGUACCACUGAGGGCAGUGGUUACAGCUGUCUUGGUCCUCCAGAUCAACAGUUGAGCUGUGUUAGAACAGCAACACAGGCAUGUGUGCUUGACAGCUUGUUAUCUCACCUGCACCCAAGGGAAAGGGGCAGCAGUGCUGGGAGUUUCAUGGUUUGGUUGGGUAAUGUUUUCUUCUUGCUUCCUGAACGUGGAAUUUGGACUGUUCUGCAACUCUCAGCAACUGCUGUCCCUCCCCUUGCCUUCCUUGACCUGAAUUACAGCACAGCUUUGCAUCCCGACUCAACAACUGCAUGGUUCAGUUCAAAAAUGGCCCUUCCCAAGCCUGCAGAUCUUCUGGUUACUGCAUGCCUGGCUUCUGAUAUGGGCAAAAAAACCCUGGGGGUGUGUUGCUGUGCUUGAGGGGCCUGUAUUAGGAGUAGGUUUAAUGCGUUGCUUGGACUUUGCUGGCAGGGAGUGAUCUAUUCUAGGCUUAUUCCUCCUCUCCUGCCUCUGAAGUGCUAUUUCCUUAGGGGGGGAUCUUUAUUUAUUUAUUCUUUGCGGUGAAAAAUGGAACUGAAGGUCAUGGUACAGGAGUGGUGGUAACACAGGGCUGCAGCAGGGAUGUGCGGUUUCUGUUCUGACCUCUCUGGAUGGAAUCGCAUCAAAGUUCACUCUACCCUUGAUAGGUUUGUAGGUCUGUAAUGAUUUCCCAGAUCAAUCAAGAAGCCUCUGAGGUGGGGUGUGUUCAUGAAGGUGGAAAGUUAUUAGGGAAACAUGAUGGGGCCCCAAGAUCCUUCAAAAGCCAGCUAAUACAAGGACGGAAAAGCAAACGUACUGUGUCUGCUGCUGUUUCAACCAGAACUGAGUGCAUGAUGCCCAGCACAGUAAUAGACCCGAGUACAGUUUUAAAAUAAAUGCAGACUGGUUAACCUGGGCAUGAGAAGUACUGGCUUACAUGCCUGACUCCCCCUGAAUUGCAUGGAAAAUCGGCCCUUUGCAGCUGAUUAUGAUAAGAAAUGGUUACCCUGUUUAAAGAAAAAAAGUCAGCGGUUUUCUCAGUUCAGGUUAAGUCUAAAUUUAACCUGCUCACAAGUAAAGAAGAUUUGUUUCUCCUUGGCUGUCAGCCCUUUGAGCUCACCCUGGGCUCUGAGAGUUGAGUAGAGUCCUUUUACCUGCCUCAUUUCUCCUUACUGGUACGAUUGGUUUGCCACUGGAGCUUAGUUACCAAUUCCAAGUAUGUGGGGGUCAGAAGGAAGUCCAGUCAGAUGAGCCUGAGCAGUCCCAGGGAGCAGUUACUGGGCCACUUACGCACACACUUUUUCCCCAUUGCUGCACUUUGGUAUCUGAUGCAACCAGGCAAGUUGCUCCAUAAAAGCAAGCUCUGAGCAGCCCCGUGCUGCUCCCUUUCAGGGGCUUCCAUGCAGAAUUGUUCAUGUUUAAAAGUCCAAACACAAACUGUUUGGCACCAGCACAGUAGGCUCCAAACCUGCUUGUUGCUGCGCCCCUAGAAGCCUGGGGCUUGGAAUGCCGGGCAGAUGCACACACCGUUCGCCUGGCCGGGUAUACUGGGACUCAGAAGAUGUGCUGGGGUCAUCAGUAAAGGUUCCAUUUUUACAGUAACUUGGAAUCGCUUAUCUGAGAGGGAUGGAAAAUCAUUGCCUUAGUGGUUCCCCCAGCAGGAAUUCUUAGAAAUAGGCUGCUGGCUCGUUUCUGAGAGGGGAUUAUGCCUGCUUGUUUUCUUCUGAGGGUUUUAGCUCCCCACCAACCUGCCCCAUCUCCCAUUGAACUGUGAGUUUUUGCAAGAGCAAGAGGUCAAGGUGGGAAGGGAAAAUGGCACUUUGACACACUGCACUUGUUGGCACCCCCUUCAGGGUCUACUCAUUGCAACCUCGUCAUUUAACCUUGAGAUCCCACACUCAAUACCCAGCCGUGCAAAAGCCUCGUGUGUAUACCCUGUAUGCCAGAGGUCUUUCCUGUUGGGUAUGGAGGUCUGCAUGUAGGUAUGGAGGCUGCUGCAGUCAGGAUGGGAGGAAGGGUAUGUGUGCGUCUGUGUUGGGUGGUGGUCAUCUUCCUCUCAGAGGACUUAGAAAGGGGUGCAGACACAGAGAAAUCAGCACAUCCCCACCUCACUACUUCAGGCGUUUUGGUCUGCCCCAGAGGCUCAUGAAAAGUCUUGGCCAUAGCCCUAGGCUUCAGACACACUCCUUGCACCUAGAUUCCCCCUCUCCUGAUGCAAGAGCAUUCAUUUCAGCCGGAAACCCCUUCACCUGUUCUCUCUUUACUCAUGUCUCUGAGUGGGAGGGACAGUGAACCGGUUUGAGUGGGUCCAGACUGUGUUUUUCUGUUUUUGUUGCUGUUUAAUUAUUUUGAACACAGGCGCAGGGAAGACCAAGGUUUUUGUUUCGUUCCCCGUCCAUGUUCAGCCUGACGCCUGUCUUCCAGUCCUCUUGUACAGUAGGUAAGCAGUAGGUUUCCAGCUGUGAUCCACUCCUUGUACCAAGUGAAUGUACUUACCACUGGAAAGGACCUGGGCUGCAUAAUUAUUAUUAUUAUUAUUAUUUUUAAUGGAAUUUUUUUUAGUAAUUUAUAAGUAUGCUGAGUGUAAAUUAAAAAAAAAUAAAGUAUGUAUUGUAAAAGGAUAUAUUAUCCUGUGUCAUACUCUCUAUAAAUUUUACCUGUUUAAAGAGUGAAUAAUUAUAUAAAGGAGAGAGGAUUUAUCGUGCCCACCGAGCCAGGUUGUGUGCAAUUCUGCAGUCAACUGGCACUUUGUAAUUUCUUGUCAGCAGGUUCUCUUUAUUUUUUUUUAAUUAAUGUUAUUUUUCUCCUUCUGGAACGAGGCCGUCAUAUGUAUAAAGUGCAAUUUGUGUAAUAUUUCUUAAAUAUAUACUGUAUGGCUGUACAAAAAUGACUUUAUGAACAAAUAACCCCUAGCUUACUAAAGAACAAAGCUAUUAAAAAUAAAGAAUGAGAGCACUUGA